CAACUUCCAUACAGUAAGCCUAUAAGAAACACCCCAUACGUAAAAAUAUUUCUAUAUAUACACACCAUGAAUUCUAUACGGGCAGAAAUCAUUGCCUCAUCACCCCCAUUCCGAUUUCUAGUGGGCCCCAAUCAGCGGGAAUUUACCAUAUAUUCUGCUCUCUUUGCACACCAGUCCCCUGUAUUUGAGAAAUUGGUAAAUGGUAAUUUCUCUGAAUCUACGGAAAAGUGUGUUCAAUGGAAAUCUGUGGAUGAAGAUACUUUCAUUUGUUUUUGGCAGUAUACACAUACUGGGAGAUAUACUGCUGCUUCUCCGGUUAUUGGACUAAAAUCAGAAUCCGAAGCCACUUGUGCUCCACCACCACCGCGUCCGCCAUCACCAGGCCUUACAAGCUUAUUUGGUGGUCCUGUGGCUGCUAAGAAAGACGAGACUCCUCCAAAAGAACUUACAAAACGUGAAAUUCAGUGGAACGAAUUUAAAAAUCAGCGAGCUUCUGCCUAUUCUGGCGCGUUUUGUUCUGCUGGUUUAUUUGGUCCAUGUGUCAGAAGCAACUACGCGCAUGAAGAUUAUACAAAUAAUUUCAUCUUACAUGCACGAGUUUAUGUUUUUGCAGAAUGUUACGGUAUUGCUGGGCUAAUGGAUCUUUCACUUAAUGAGCUACAUGGAACCUUGGUAAGAUUUACGCUAUAUAAAGAAAGAAUUAAUGAUGUAGUGGCGUUAAUACGUUAUUGCUAUGAAAAUUUGGUUCCAGAACCGCUAAGAGAGGUUGUUGCUCUAUACACGGCCUGUAAGCUUGAGAAGUUAUGGUUGAGCGAGGAAUUCCACGCGCUUGUGGAGACCUAUGGUGAACUAUCGAAGACUUUAUUUGGGUUGAUAGUGAAGGUAUUAUAGAUUGGAUCAACAAUCAUAUACUCUCCUGC